AUGCGCAUGCUGCUAUACAUUACAACACAACACGGCAGUCAAAAACCCGAGCCCACGAACCCACGGGAAGCGAGACCAAGGCAGCGGGUAAAAGGGCUUUAA